AAAAGGGCAAAGAUUGGAAAAAGCCAAUGCCGUAAAGUUAGAGGAAAGAACACAAGAGUCACCUACCUAUACCAAACAGCGUUCGAUCAGGAAAGUUUGGACAUCAUAGUGAAAGGUGAGAAGGAAAUACUGUAGAGAAAAGGGUAUUGACUUUAAAACAUACUAUUGUCAUAGAGAUAAAAUUCAUUCUGCUUACCUCUUCGCCAGUUGAACAGUGCCGGGGAGUACUCCUGGGAAUUAUUGGCAGAGGGGAGGGAAGGGGGGUGCCUCCUGGUUAUCAAAAUCCCUGACUCUAUUCAGGACCAAAACUGUCAUGUUUUUACACCUGUUUUCAUACAUGGCGGCUUAGAAAUUAUGUCAUCAUUACUUGGAUUGGAACAGGAACAAAACCUAAAUCUUAAUUGGUACUCUUCUCUUUCUUUCUAACUCGUUUAUUCGUUAAAGCCAUACCCGAUUCCAUACCAAGAUGGACAAAGUCUAUUGCCGUUUUCGGACCAAACCGGUGCAAAAACCCUACCCUUUGGGCGGCACAUAUAAGGGGGUACCAGCCAGGGGCGAUGGCUCGAGAUAACAGGGAGCGAAGUGCAAUUCCCACAAAAGAAGUCUCCGGUAAAUCUUUUUUUUUGUCUUCUAUUUCAGCUUUAAAGAAACCAGGAGAAGGGUCAGGAGAAGUAGUAGAAGUAUUCAGCAAUGACGUCGGAGAAGGCGCCAGUACAGAUGAGAAGAAAGGAGGCAGUGGUGGCGAAGAGAGCGGAGAAAGUAGCGACGAGAACGACGCAGAAAGUAGUGAAAAGAGCGAAGGAGAAUUAACUAGCGAAGAGAGCGAAAGUGCUAAUAACAAAGAGAUCAAAGGAGAAACUGAUGCAGAUGUACCUGAAGAAGGCAGCGACGAGAACAGUGCAAAAGGAAAUGGCGAAGAAAGACACGAAUGCAGGGACAAGGAGAAUGGAAGAGGCAUUGAUGAUGGGGUUGGAGAGGAACCAGGGGCCACACGACGGCUGGAACCUAGGAAGAGAGGGAAAACAGAAGUAGAGAAGCUGAGUGACGACCUAAGCCAUUUUUCUUCCCAAUUACCCAAAAAAAGAAAAGGAAGAGACUAACUCACAUAAGUAACAAAUGAACCAUUCACACCGAAUAGACAUGUUUAAUAAGUAAAAUCCCUAGGUUAAAAAGGAACACAGGGUUCUACACGGAUUUAAUUGAAUUGAAUUCAAGACGUUGCGUAAUCGUCGCAAAAUUUUGAAAAUGAUAAAAGUGCACUAAACAGUCACAAACCGUUUUAAACAUGUUUAAGGACUCUUCAAGCUUUGGUGUGAAUGGAGCCUAAUAUUUAGUCUUUGAGCGGAUAGUUGCCUAGCUAACCGUGCAGAGAACUCGUUGAAAAUCGUUCAUGCGCCU